AUGAAGUUCGCUCUCCACCAGCUUGCCAAAGCCCUCGUGCUGGGAACGGCGUAUGCCGCCAGCCCCUCAAACCAUGUUCGUAACUUUGGAUGGCCAUCUACUUUUCUUGAGACCAAUGGCGUGGCCAUCGGCUGGCUUCCUUCUAAUGGGAACGCCUCAGAGGGCGUCACUUCGUUGCGAUACACCAUGACCGAGAUCAAUGCCAGGUUGGGAGCAAAGGGUGCCACAUAUGGCAUGUAUUCUCACCUGGACUCGCAGCAGUACAACGGCUACGAGCUCAUGGAAGAGUUUGACGAUGUUGUGAACUCUGGUGCCAUCUUUGUACCAUCGGUCAUGCCUGUGCUGGCUCAAGGUUUUGUGGGCAUCACUAAAGAUGUCGCUUACCAAGUUGCCGACGUAAUGAGGAAGUUUACAGAGCGAGGAGUUCGUAUCUGGCUCCGCUUCGGCCAUGAGAUGAAUUGGUACGUUGAUCCUGCUGCUGAGCCACGAUACUAUGGAACUCCUGCCGAAUUUGUUGUUGCGUGGCAGAACGUGGCCGAAGCGGUUGCCGAUAACCCUCUUGUGCAGAUGUUCUGGUCGCCAAACAAUAUUGGAAAUGGGUCGGCAGACGUUCUAGACCCCUGGUAUCCGGGCGAUAAAACCGUUGAUCUAGUGGGCAUUGACUGCUAUCCCAAUGCGGAAUAUCAGGACUUUGAGUACAUGUACAAGAACUUCUACGAUCGGUACUCGGCUGGUAAGAACAAGCCAUUCGCUAUUGGCGAGACUGGGGCCAAUGCCACAUACAAGGAGUGGUGGCUCUCGCAGCUUGUUGGCCAGAGCAGGCACGAGUACCCUAACUAUGUCUCCAUGAGCUGGUUCGAGUAUCUCAAGGGAGACGACUUCCGCCUGGCGAUGGCUGGCAAGAAGGUUUUGGAGGAGACCAAGCGAACCCUCGGCCUGGACCGCUACUAG